ACGCCGCAGUGCAUGGUCGGUCUGUGGGUGGCAGGACGUGAUUUGGGGAAACGUCUGUUCGCCCCCAUUGAUAAGGAGUUUGUUAUCACGAAGCAGACAGGCGCUCUCUCGAUAAAAUUACGGACACUCUGUUACAUCGUCACCAACACGGACAGCGUCCGUCUUCACGGUCGCGGCAACAACCACCGAGGGCAGUUCCGUGGCAUCGUGGCAUGGUGCAAAUGAUUGGCGGCGUGCUGGAUGAAGCAUCCAGUAAGCCAUGACGACACGGCUUUCGGAAGCAACAUUGAGAGCCUUCAAACGAAACGUAUAGCAGCUCCCGCCGUGCAACUCCACCGACGACGGACAGAUGGUGCUGCCCCCUAUCAUCAUCUUCCUCCUCUCCCAUCCUCAAUGGACGGCGCGGGGGAGAGUGUGUGAUCGGCGGCCGCAGCCAAGGGCCGACCGUUCGGCUGCGGGCACCGGGAGAGAAGCCCGAGUGCAUGCACAACGGCGCACUGGGGUUUCCUCGCAAACCCUGACGUUGAGCGGAUGCGGUCGGCUGAUCCGGGAAAGCCUCCUCAAUCCUGUGGGCGCAUAUAGCAGCCUCCAAUGGCGGCAUCGCCCCCGACCGAAGAGGGCCACCGGAGGCCGCCACAUGAGGAGAUUACCUUCACGCCGAGGACCCACAGCCAGUGCGAUUGGUGGGAGCGACGCUCGGGACUGGAACGCGCCCUGGCGGCUUCCUGUGCGUUACUCUUCGUCUCGUGCAUCGUACUCUUAGCAUUGCAUCUCGUCACCACAGAACAGCUCCGAUGGGCAGCGUCACCGGCGGACGGGGAAAACAUCUGCUACAGCGUAGAAUGCAUUAGAGCAGCCACGGGUAUCCUGGAUCGAGCCAACCUGUCAGCCGACCCAUGCGUGGACUUCGACGCGUUUGCGUGCGGAGGAUUCGCGCACAGUCACGCAGUCCCCGACGACCACUACCAUGCUACUGUCCUCGUCUCCAUGCAAGACGACAUAUUUGUGCGCCUACAGAAAUUGCUAGAGGAACCAUCGGCCAUGAACGAAAGCACCGCUGUCGGAAAAGUAAGAGGUCUCUACCAGUCAUGCAUGAACACCAGCAGCGUGGAAGAAGGUUCCGUAGACAUUCUUCGGGGUCUCCUGCGAGACGACGACGGGGGUAUCGGCUCCUGGCCCGUCCUACAGGGUUCCUCAUGGAACCCGAGCCAGUUGAACCUAGAGCGACGUCUGGCCAGACUCCGGCUGCACAAUGUAGAACCCUUCUUUCAGCUUCACGUAGGACAGGACGACCGAAAUGCCAGCAACCCCGUCUACGUGCUACAGAUGUUCAGCGGUUCCCCCGUCAUCCGAAGUGAGUACUACCUCAACGCGACGGACGAAAGAAGUCGAGAGUUCGUGCGGCUUUAUAGAGACCUCAUGACGCAGGCCGUCAGACUUCUAGGCGCGGAACCUGCCAUCUCCCGCGCGGAUAUGGACGACCUGUUCGCCUUCGAAGUCGAAUUCGCAAAUGUAACGCACACGUCUGAGUAUGACGGGAGCAGCAGCAGCGUCAGUGGCGGAAGCAACGAGACACUGACCAUCGACUCUGCCAUGGUUACCGUUUCACUUACGGAGCUGCAAAGCAUGGCACCGGAGCUGGAUUGGACAUUCCUCCUGAAGAGUGUGCUUGAACAAGGUGGCCUUAGUCUCGAUGAGCUCAACCUCAACGUCACCGUGGAGAACGAUGGAGGAAGCUACAUGAGGCGUCUCUUCGAACUCAUCAACAAAACAUCUCCCAGGACGGUAGCCAAUUACCUGUCUUGGCGCUUCGUGGCGUCCUAUAUGCCGUACCUGGACGUGCACUUCCGGCGUCUGUACGGCGACUUCCGGCGGCGAGUGCCCGGCGCCCAGGACGAGCGCACGUUCCUCGCAAGGUGGAAAGAGUGCCUCCGUCUCCUCAGCGAUGGCUUUGGUCUCGCACUCGCCUCGCUCUUCGUUCGAUCGGACUUUCCGGCUGAAGAGACGGAUAUUGAGGUCGGCAAACUCAUCAAAGAGAUCAAACACACGUACGCCGAAGAGACUUUACCCAGGCAAGCGUUCCUCGACGAGAGAACACGGGAUAUCUGCAGAGAAAAGGUUCAAGCGAUGGGUCAAAAAGUGGGCUUCCCAAAAUUUAUUCUCGACUCUAAUCAACUGGAUGAAGAAUAUAAUGGGUUACAAGUGAACGAAGAUCAUUUCUUGAUGAACGUUCUUCAGUUGCAACGGUACGAGGUCACAAAAGAACUGAAAAAACUUACAAAACCUGUCGACAAAGAUAGAGAUUGGGUCACGAAUCCUCUUAUUGUGAACGCGUUUUACGACUUUCGAGGCAACUACGCCAUGUAUCCUCUGGGAAUCUUGCGUUCUCCAAUGCUUCGCCUCAACCGACCGCAGUAUCUGAACUAUGGAACCUUAGGAGUAGUAAUCGGUCACGAAAUUACGCACGGCUUUGCUGGAUUUGGUAAGAAGUACGACAGACACGGAAACAUGAGCACAUGGUGGUCAGACGAAGCGGUCGAGCAGUUGCGCCACCGAGCGGAAUGUUUCGUCGAACAGUUCUCCAAAUUUCCGUUAAACGACCCAGGAACAUACGUGAACGGUAACACGACGCUGGAGGAGAACGUCUGUGACUCAACGGCCGUUAAUAUAGCAUAUCAUUCCUACAAACGUUGGGUAUCGGAGCAUGGAACAGAGCCUCGGUUGCCUGUUUUGGGUCUGACCAAUGAACAAGUGUACUUCAUGCAAUACGCACAGAUCUGGUGUGAGGUUGUAAGCGACGAAGGGUACAAGAGGUAUGAGACGGAGCAACACAGCCCUGGCAAACACAGCAGCUGUCAAAACCGUACUGCAGACGACACGUUACAAGGACUGCCCUGCGCCUCCCCUCGCAGAUCAAACGGUGCCUUGCAGAACAGCAUGGAAUUUGCAAAGACAUUCGGCUGCCCCGUGGGCAGCCCCAUGAACCCGGUGAAAAAGUGCAAGCUCUGGGACUGAAGACUGCCGCCACCAUGUGUCACACAUCGACAGCUUAGCACCGUCACAUCACCUUCACCCCCCACAAGCUGCUACAGGCAAGCGUCUGUCCCGCAGACAGACAUGCGCACACGGGAAAACAAGGACAUUGGGGGACACAUCGCUACCUGAGCGGCAAACAUUUCUGUGAGAAAGGACACCGUGGGAAGAACAAAAAAAAAAAAGUGACUAUGUAAUGAUGUUACCUUGUUUUGUAUAUCUUGUAAUAGCAUGUUUAGACUCUAAACAUGCUAUAUGAAGGCAGUUUGUGUGAAAUUGGGAUAGAAUGAAUGUGUUUCUUUGUU